AUGUCUCGCAACGCUCUCCUGGACCAGAUCCAGGCGGGCAAACGACUCAAGAAGGCAGAGACGCACGACAGAUCUGCGCCUAUCAUCGAUGCGAAAGCAGUCGGCGCAAGUGCCGCUCGGCCUGCGCCUGCUUCUGCACCGAGGAUACCAGGCACGGCAGGCGCCAGCUCAGCACCGCCAGUUCCAUCAAGCGCUCCUCAGCUUGGUGGUCUCUUUGCCGGCGGCAUGCCAACACUGAAGAAGACGACUGCAGGCACAGCUAUAGGUCGCACUUCAGAGUCCGCCAGUACGCCGAGCGCGCCGGCCAGACCGCUGCCAUCAGGUCCAAGAGUGCCGUCAGGACCGCGCGCGCCAAGUACUGCGCCCCCGCCACCGCCACCGCCGCCGUCAGCUUCUUCAUCGUCUGUGAGCGUGCCUAGGAGGCCAGCUGCGCCUCCGCCGCCCACGCCCACGCCCUCAUCUUUCUCGCGACCGCCACCACCGCCGCCUGCACCGCCAGCAUCAUCACCAGCAAGAGUUGCGCCUCCACCCCCUUCGCGAGCUCCCGCAAUCCCGAAUCGACAAGUACCGGAGGCGCCUGCGCGUCAAGUUCCGAUGCCGCCCGCACAGCCGUCCAGACAGAUCCCCGCCCCGCCUACAACUCGGCCUGGCGUACCACCGCCUCCAGCGAGACCAAAAGCGGCUGCUGCACCCGCGCCUCCUCCUCCGCCUCCGAGAGCACCGACAUUGCCAGAACGACAGGCACCUGAAGCGCCCAGAGCUCCACCGCCUGCACCGCCAAGAUCCAAUGGGCCUGCAUUACCGGCACGCGCUGUUCCUGCUCCUCCGAGCAGACCGCCGCCGUCCAUGUCGGCUCGCAAGCCGCCACCUCCACCAGAGAGGGCUGCGCCUGCGUAUAGUGAAAUUGACGAGCAAGACCAUUCGCAAGAAGUGGCAGCGCCGACUAUGCCCAGCAGAAGACCACCGCCGCCUGCACGACCAAUGUCGAGCGCUGCACCGCCGCCGCCACCAAGAGCUCCGCCUAGCUUACCGCCAGCUUCAGUCGAUAUGGCAGAACGGAAUAGCGCUCCCAUGCGGAACUCGCUCGCCGCGCCUCCUCCGCCGCCCGUGCGAAUGCGUUCUUCGUCUGAUACGUCCGUACCGGCCCCGCCCGCCCUGGCUCCGCCUAUCAGAUCAGCCAGACCGACUUCGACGCUAGGGGCGCCACCACCACCCCCUACAGGCCGAUCGCCUGCUAGCUUUACAAACGGCCACGCUAAUAUAGUCAGAGCGCCUUCGCCGCCCGCCAGCUUUGGCAAUAGGACCUUUCCGCCUCAUUCGCAACUACCAGCGCCGCGUACAUUCUCAGGUAGCGCGCAUCGAUAUCCCUCCGGAACGAGCAAAGGCCUCACGACUUCAUCAGGCCCCAUGUUGUCUUGA